ACAAUAUACAUAUUUGGUUUCUCUUAUAAAGUCGCAAACUCUGUCUUUCGUCUUAAUUCCUUCGCACGCGGCAACUACUGUGAGUUCCGGCAAUCUCAUCAUCGAAGGUUCAAGAGAGAGUAUUUGAGUAACAAGAAGGAAAAUGUCUGGGGAAGAGGUUGCAGCUGAGGCACCUGCUGCUCCAGCUCCAGCUCUAGGAGAGCCUAUGGACAUCAUGACAGCUUUGCAGCUGGUGCUGAGGAAAUCACUGGCUCACAGUGGACUUGCUCGUGGACUUCAUGAAGGUGCUAAGGUGAUUGAGAAGCACGCUGCUCAGCUUUGUGUUUUGGCAGAGGACUGUAACCAGCCAGAUUAUGUUAAGUUGGUCAAAGCACUUUGUGCUGACCACAAUGUAAACUUGAUAACAGUUCCAAAUGCAAAGACCCUUGGCGAGUGGGCUGGUUUGUGCAAGAUUGAUUCUGAGGGGAAGGCAAGGAAGGUUGUGGGUUGCUCAUGUGUUGUUGUAAAGGAUUAUGGAGAAGAAACUGAAGGUCUCCAUAUCGUUCAGGAAUAUGUCAAGUCUCACUGAUUGAGUUGGCAAUGGAUCAAUCAAUAUAAUUGUGCCUGGUUUGGAGUUUAUCUGCAAAAUCCACUCUUAGUUUGUUUGAGCCACCCUUCUGGAAAUUUUUGAUUGUUCGGGAACCAAUAUUCUAGAAAUAGCAUCUUAAUUAUUGCAGAUUUUCAGUUAUUUGUUAUUUCUGGUUAUGGUUACCUAAUGUUGCUCACAAUGCAUUAAAAUAUUUAAUGUUUGUUGGAACCUGAUUUUUGAUUUA